AUGGUGCGGCUGCCUUCCCGGGGAGGCCCGACCUCGCCUAGGGCGGCGGCACCCGCUGCAGCCGCUCCACAGCACCCCGGGCACCGCCAUCUCAACCAGAACGGAAGCCGCGCGGGGCCCUGCCGCGCACGCGCACAGACGCCGGAACCCGGAAGCAGGGGCGCCGCGCGGCCGAGACGGGGUGGGCGCUCGGGCUGUGGGUGUGCGGCAGACCCCACGAUGGCGGAGGAGAAGGGGCCGGGACGUGUCGCGUCGCCCGGUUCUCCGACACUUCUGGAUGCUCUGCUCCAGAACCUCUACGACUUUGGAGAGACAGCAGAUGAAACAGAACAGAAGAGGAUCAGAAAGAAAAGGGAAAACAAGAAGACAGAUGUGGGGGCAUCGGUGGCUUUGGCAACAGAACCAGCUCCCUUAUUGGGUUCUUUCACAAGAGGCCAGAGGAAGAGCACCUCUAGCUUCUUCAAGGAACUCAGAGAAGAGCGGCAUUGUGCUCCUGCUGGCACCCCCACAGGUUCCCCUUCAGGACCAGAAGUCCCUGCUGCUGCAGUACAGCCCUCUUCCCUAAAGAAAAACAGGGAACAAAUAGAAGUGGUAGAAUUUCAUAGCAGCAAUAAAAAAAGAAAACUGAAGCCAGAUCAAGGAGAGAGCACAAAGACUGAAACUAGUGUUUUUAAGAAGAAUGUGGAUAUACAAGAAUUUAAUCUAGAAAAGGCUCGUCUGGAAGUACACCGGUUUGGGAUCACGGGUUAUGGAAAAGGAAAAGAAAGAGUCCUGGAACAGGAACGUGCCAUUAUGCUGGGAGCUAAGCCUCCCAAAAACAGUUAUGUGAAUUACAAGGUUUUGCAGGAGCAAAUCAAAGAAAAAAAGGCAGCAAAGGAAGAAGAAAAGAGAAUGGCUCAAGAAACAGAUAUUUUCAAGAAAAAGAAGAGGAAAGGACAGGAAGACAGGAAAGCCAAAAAGAAGAAGUCAGCUCCCAGUAUUUUGUCAAGUGGAAGGAUUGGGCAGGUUGGAAAAUUCAAAAAUGGGACAUUGAUUCUGAGCCCAGUUGAUAUCAAGAAAAUAAAUUCUUCCAGAGUGGUUAAGUGAAGUACUUUAUCAGGUAACAAGAGGAAUGAGAAGAACUGUGUCAGCUAUACUGAAACUGGACCCAUGCAAGACUUCUAGAUGAUUCUUAUUUCAUGUUUCACAGACUGCUUUUUCCUUUGGAGGAAAAAAGUCAAUCAAAUAAUAUUACUAGGGCCAGGUGCAGUGGCUCACGCCUGUAAUCCUAGCACUCAGGGAGGCCGAGGCGGGCAGAUUGCUCAAGGUCA